AUGCCCACGAGGAAGGUCAGCUCUGCCAAAGGGUCGGCCAAGGAGAAGCCCAAGAGGAGGUCGGUGAGGUGGUCAGCCAAACCUGCUCCUGCAAACGUGGAAACGUAGCCAAAAAUAGGUGGCAGGAAAGGAUAAAUCUGCAGACAAAGGGAAAGCAGGCCGGAGGGACUGACUAGGAACCUAAAAGGAGAUAUACCUGCGGAUAACGGAGAAACUAAAUACGAGGAGAGUUCAGCCUCAAAUGAAGCAGGAGAAGCCACUUCUGAUGAAUGUAUGGAGCUCUAA